AGCGGCAGUCAGUAUCAUCGACAACGGCAGUAGUAGUCCAGAUCGUUCUUUACGUUUGAAUUGGACACAGUAUUGCAGUUGCGUCGUGUAAAAUUGUGCGGUGAUUAUAAAAUUUAUGUUUUGUUAAUUAAAAAGUGUCUAUUGUGUAGUUAAGUUUGAGUGUUGAGUGCUAGUGUAAAGUGUUACUGAUAGCUGAUGCUGAUAUAUUUCAAGUUCCUGAGACAAAUCAUCUGGCAUCGUCUGGUGGGAAAAAGCAGUUAAGUGAUGUGUUUUAGCUGCAAUACACUUGGAGCAAUUAAAUUUCCAAGUGUAUUGGGAUACCCUUCUGCAUAUUAUUUCCCCACCAAGUUGAGUUUUUUCUUAGCUUAAAACGCAUUUAUCUAUGACGUUGGACUUCUAACUUCCUUGAAAAAUGGACAAGUUUCUGAGGGACGAAGAGUUAUUGAUUUGAGUUCAAUUUAAAAAUUUUGUUGUAUCAACAGAUGUCGACAUUUUAAACUCAGAAAUCAUUUUCGACCGUUUUCAAGACUACGCUUCAAUUAAUGAAGCAAUUUAAACAGUUGGUUUUUGGCGAUUAAAGAUUUAUCAGUUCGAAGUCUAUCUUCUAAAUCUCUGUUUAAAAAAACCAAGAAUUUUCAGAAAUGGGUAAGAACAAAGAUAAAAGUUAUGAUGGAGUUAUUUUGAUAAUGAGGAUAAAACGACGAGAUUUAUUUUCUCUGUAUGAUGUCUUCAGAUGAGAACAAAUUGAAGCGCUAAAACUUAUAACAAACUCUCAUUUUCUACAUCGAUAAAUGGAAUUAAAAUUUUCUGGCUCCGAUUUUCAAAUUUAUUUCCUACUCAGCAGGAACAAAAUAAAAACAAAUCUGUUCAUCUAUAAAAAUUAAGCCGGAAAAGAAAUAGUCAAGAAAUAAUCCACCAGUGAAAAAAAGCUUAAUGUACAAAAAUACAUUUAAUGGAUAAAAAAAAGCAGCCAAAGCUCUUGAUUCGGGACGCACAGCACGUUUUCCCAACAAUACCUAGCAUACGGAGGAAAUAGAAUCGAAUCAUAGCUACAAAAAAGAAUGCUCUAGUGCGCAACCCUAAACUAGGAAGAUGUUAAGGAUGUUCCUAGAAGCGGAAUUAGAAAGUAAAGCAGAAAACACCAUCGUCAGCAAUGAUUCUUUACAAAAUUUUUCAAAUACAUCCACCAACGGUGACUACAUUUUUGAUCGCAUCGAUGUCAAAAUUAUAUUCAUUACCCUCUAUUCAAUCGUAUUUUUCUUUUGUUUUUUUGGAAACCUUCUAGUCAUACUAGUCGUUAUGUACUCAAGAAGAAUGCGGGGUAUCACGAAUUUCUUCCUGGCAAAUCUAGCAGUUGCAGAUCUCUGCGUUGGAAUAUUUUGUGUUUAUCAAACUUUGAUUAAUUAUAUCAUGAACAGUUGGCUUCUCGGCGACUUCCUUUGCAAAGUUUACAUAUUUGUUCACGCACUUUCAUAUACAGCAAGUAUCAUGAUUCUAGUAUUAGUAUGCGUGGAAAGAUAUCUUGCAAUUAUCCAUCCAAUAAAAUGUAGAUCUUUACUUACAAGAAGCCGUCUUAGAGUAAUUGUUGUGAUUGUAUGGAUUUUAGCAGCUAUUUAUGCUCUGCCAAAAUUUAUAUUUGCGGAAACGAUUGAAAAUAAACUCAACUCGGGUACUAUUGAUAUUAUUUGUAUUCCAAACAUGAAAAAACAUAGCAAGAAUGCUCUUGACACAGUUAACUUUAUAUUACUUUAUAUUAUACCACUAUUUUUAAUGAGUUGUCUGUAUACGAGAAUCGCAAUUAGACUUUGGAAAAGUGGAAGGGCUUUAAGUGGACCUGAUCUGAUAACCAGGACGAGAAAUAUAAGGCUUCACCAUACAAAUGAAUCUAACAGAAAUGUUCUUCGAGCACGUAGAGGUGUUAUAAGGAUGCUCAUUGCCGUAGUUAUUAUGUUCACCAUGUGUAACCUACCUCAGCAAGCACGAAUUCUCUGGCUUCACUGGGGUACUAAUUAUCAAAGUGCUUCUGAUUUUAGCACUAUACUAACAGUUGCCACAAAUCUUGUUUCAUAUAUGAAUUCUUGCUUAAAUCCUCUACUUUAUGCCUUUCUUUCAAGAAAUUUCCGAAAGGCAAUGCGUGAACUUUUCUCUUGUCGUUUUCAAAUCCAGGGUAGAGGUUAUAAUGCCGGAGAUGGCGCUCAAAUGGAAAAUGGCAACAAUACUAUACCUCGCAGUUCAGUUAUAAGAUUGAAUUCAAUUUAUGACAGUCCUUGCACUACACACACAAUUACAAGACAAAGCACGUACGCCAAGCAUUCGUGAAAUUUGUUAACUGACCCCGUGACCGAUCUUUCUUGCAGUAUUCCAGAAAGUACAGAGGCACGGAGGGCAGUUCGCCAUGAUAUUGGUAUAACUCAAUUGUAAAACGUACAGUAUUUAUUGUGUAAAGUUUUCCAUGAAUAUAAAUCUACCUCUCAUGGAGUUUAAAUAUAAAGAUUUAUUUAAAUUAAAGUUUCUUUUUUAAAUUUAACUCCAUUUGCCAAAAAAACUUACUUAUAAAACUAUUUUAUAUGGCUUUCAAGAGAAUUAUAAGCAAUGAGCUUUAAAAGAUUUUAACCUUGUUAUUAUAGUUUUAAAAGAUUUAUAGAGCGAUCGGAUUAUGAUUACUCUGGCAUGUUGUAUGUAAGAAAUAAUAGCCAAUAAGAAAAGAAUAUAAUAAGUAUUAAUUACCUAAUUGUAUUAUAUGAUGUUUUU